AUGGGUUGGUUCAACGGAAGUGCAGUACUGCUGCUAGUCACGCUGGUUUUGUUCACAGUUACCAUUUGUGAUGCAGUCGAGAGAAAACAUGUUAAGAUCACAAACUCUUUGGAGAAAGGCCAGACCCUCAACCUUCACUGCAAAUCCGGGGACGAUGAUCUUGGUCUCCAAACGCUUCCACCGAACGCCAGCUUUCAAUUCCACUUCAAACCUAGCUUCAUCACAGUAACAAAAUUCUACUGCAGUUUUGAAUGGCCAGGUGCAUUUCAAUGGUUCGAUAUAUAUGAUAACUUUAGAGAUGGUGACUAUUGUGGAACAUGUAAUUGGGCUGUGUUUGAAGGCCAUCCAUGCCUGUGGAACUGGGACACCAACAAUUACGACAGAUGCUAUAAAUGGAAUGAUUAG